CUUCAUUUCUUGCAGCUUGUUGCUGUUUCCCGAUCUCGCUUCCAUCCAUAGUUAAUUUCUGAGCCAUAGGGCUAGGCAAGUAAUUAGUUGGGAGACCAGGUCACGCAGCAACAUCACACCAUGUGGAGUAACAAACCUUCACUGCAUUUCUAAGAAAGAGGAGGAUCGGAGGUAGGUGUCCUGCGUUGCAUUUUGCACGUGCUGAGCGGCGAUGGCCUCAAAGCCAGCUGCAUCGCCGAAAGAGUUGUUCCUCAGCUAUGGACGCGAGCGCGAGGUGCUAGAGUUUGUGAAGCGUCUCAAAGAGGACCUCGAGGCCGAUGGCUUUGGCGUCUGGCUGGAUCAAGACGAUAUACCUGCCGGCUGUGAUUGGCACGCGGCAAUAGGCAGUGGCUUGGAGCAGUGCAAAGCCCUUCUGGCGGUCGUCACGCCGAAAUAUGUCACAUCUCGUUACUGCACCAGCGAACUCUAUGUGGCCGACGGAGACCAGAAGUCGAUCUUCCCGAUCUUUUUCGCCGACACGGACCUCUCGUCGGGUGAGCGCGCCCGGGGUGUGAAGUAUGUAAUUUCAGCAAUCAACUGGACCAUGUUCAGGCCCAACGUGGACGACUAUGACAUGUCCUUGGAGAAACUCAAGUUCGGCCUCCGACAGCACGAUCUGGGCGGCACCGCAGUACUUGCCCCCAGCACUAUGGCUAGCCCAGGGCAUGCAGCAGCAGCGGCGGCGCAAGGCACCACUGGUGCUGUAGCUAGUGAUACUGCUGCUGCUGAGGCAGGUGCUGGAGAUAGUCUGGCCUCUGCUGUUGACCAGAUGACGCUGUACCCAGCACCAUUGACGCCACAGCCGACACCAUCCAAGCCCACCGCCAGCGAGUCCCAGGUGCCGUCGGGCAGCACUACACCAGGUCCUUCUGCCCCGCCGGCGCUGGGAGCAGACGAGGUGCACAGGACUGGCCUGCUGUCGUACGAGUCCAGUUUGUUGACGACCACAGUGCAGUCUGGAUCAUCCACCGCCUCACCGUUCUCCGGUCAUUCACCGUCGGCUUACCCUGGACAAUAUCCAGCUCAAGCCGGUGACCAGCCCCGACGCUACCCGAGUCCGACUGGCGCAGCAAUGGCGGCAUCGCAAUCGCCGAGUGCGUAUAUGUAUGCCGCUCAAGUGGCGCCUCCCUUGCAGAAUACAACGUCCGGCCAGACCUACUACUACCCGCCGUAUGCCGUACCGCCCGGGCAGCAGUCACCGUACCCACCACAGAGUGCCUACACGACGCCCACCCGUCCGGCACAGCAACCCGUGUUGUAUAGUGACAACAUGGCCACGCCAGCGUACCGUCAUAAGUCACCAGUCUUCCCUCAGCAGCCAGGCGGCUUCUCCGUCGGCCAGAGGCUCGAGGCGGUGGAUCGCAUGGAUUCGCACACCGUGUGCGUGUCGACCAUAGUGGCAAUCGCUGAUAACGGACAGCUGCGUAUCAACUUUGAUGGCUAUGGCACUGCUGGAGAAUACUGGUGUGAUGCAGGCAGUCCUGAUAUUCACCCUGUUGGAUGGGCUGCUAAUAGCCGCAAGCAACUCCGGCCACCCCCAGCACCAGCAGGCGUAGCUCCUGGUCAGUUUGAUUGGCACCAUUACCUGAGCUCAGUACCGGCGCAGGCUGCACCUCACCACCUCUUCACGGAGGCGCAGCGUACCAUUACAUUCACCCAGCCACCCACCCCAGCUCGUUCCGACGUCUUGGCAUCGCCGGGAUGCAGAGACUGCAUCCCCACCGUACCCAACAGCCCGGCAGGCGCAGCUCAAUCCUUCUCCAUGGCCAAGACGUUCCGGCCAAACAUGGCGCUGGAGGUGGACGACCCGGGCGCUCCCACGCUCACCUACCCGUGUCGCAGUCGCAUUAUAAGAAGGACACGGCGCUUUUAGUGACUUUUUGCAUACGAAACCCAUCUAGCAGGGCGCAGUCACCCAGUUUCGGUGGAAGUGCGCGAGUUCGAGUGGGAAUAAAGGAGGAAGGGAGCGUCUCGGCUUCCUCGGACCAAGACCAUUCGACUCAGCACCCCGAAGACUACAACUGGUGACAAUUUGAUUUUAGGGUAUACUUCCCGUUGAAAUACUACUUGAAGUACUGAUAACAUUAUCUGUGCAUCCCUACAUCGUUCUUGGCAGGGCAUGCCACCGUUGCUGCAUUUUCAAUUCACUCGGAACUUGAUAUCAGGCUUCGAAUUCUCCACUAGAACCGUUUCGUACAGCGCGCUGAGUCUUGUCCUCACAGAAUAUUACUGGUCAUAUGCAGCUGUACAUAGUUACACGACACCAGACCGUGGGCACCGUCAGCGUUGCGUACGUUAUACCAGCGGUCGUCCGACUCCAGGAUGUUGAGAACCGUGACCAUGUCGCCCUGCAUGACGGCGAGCUCAUCGGCUGCACUGGGUGUGAAGUCGUACAAGACGGUUGCUGGGCCCAGGCAGGCAGUUCAUUCGGUUUUGACGGAUGGCGGCAACAGCAUGUUAUUAUCCAUCACGUCUGCUAUCGGUGCAUCAUACUCAAUGGGCUCUUGUGUCGGCCAGGCCGUGGUGGGGUGCUUGGCUGUCUCUGUGAUCUUGGCGACCUCGGGCGUCGGUGCUGGUGACGGAGAAAGGCUCAUGUCAUCGGCGAGCGGUUUCACCGUAUCGCACAUCACCGUCUCAUACUGAAUGGCGUCAUCUGUUGAAUCCGCUGUGUUACUCAAUGGUGCUGGUGGCAGCCGUGGUAAUGGACAAUGUUCCUCAGUCAAGGUGCUGCGACGUUGAACAUUCAUGUAUGAGUCAUUGGGAGGCGGGUUCAUCGGAGGAGGAGGUGUCGGCCCGAUUUCCAUUCGCUGGAGGCUUUCCUUGCGAACCUGCGGCCAAUUUGAAUAGAUGUCAUUCUCACUCUUGCUUAGUUUUCUGCUAGCUGCUGUUGCAGAUAGGGUUGCCCUUCUUGAGCCAGCUGUAGUCAGGCUUUCGUCGAAGGUGAAGCAUUGCGCUGAUUGCGCCUGAUCAGCACAGAUGUUUUCCUGGUUGCUGAGCGCAAAGGCAUGGAUACCGUUUAAGCUAGAGGAUCUAGGUCGGUUCGUGUGCUGCGUCGUCGUCGUCGUCGUCAGUGAAGGCGAUAAGCAUGUAGGAAGCGUCUCUCUACGGCCACUUCCGGGUCUGCUUCCAGCGUCCUCUUUGGAUUCCGAUGCUGUGGGUGGCCGCGGGGUGGAUAUCUCGAAGAAGCCAACCGUGUCCACAGGGGCACCCCACCUGGUUCGAGUUGCACUGCUACUGCCCAUGGCCCACGGUGAUGGACCACUAGCACUGCGAAUUGGUGAGUUUCCGGGGACGUUUGCGAGAACAUCACCACCAAGCAGUAAGUCGUUCGGCGUCAGGCCAUACUCCGUCUGCCCGACGCUGCAAUCCAUCGGCCCACACCCGAUCUUGUCCAGCAAAUUCAUGUUCAGCGUCUUGUGUCCCGUGUACACCGCUACCUCGAUAUGUUUCGGCGGAAUAAUCUUCUGCUGGCGCUUUUUGGCCAGCUUGGGCUUACAAACCCCGUUUGCUUCUCGCUUGGCGACCUUCUCCCGAUGGACCUCUACAUUCAAUAUGAUCUGGCUAGCAUCGGAUAGGAUCGACUGGCACGUAUCGUCAACUACGUUCAACACUCCAAGCACGGAUGAAGUGGACUCGUUAAGGCCGUUAUCACACUGCGUUUUUUGAGGCGCAUUUGCGUGAGCGUUUGCGUUUGAGGCCGGAAAAACGCAAGGCGUAAUAUCACACUAUACUUGUAAUUUUCAACGUUUGCGUCAAAAACUGUAUUCGCGGGAAAUGUGGGGAAUCGAUCUCCUCGUUGCCGGGGAUAUUGACUAUUUAUUUUCCUGAGAUCGAGAAAGUGUUCUGUUUGUGCUGCUAUGUCCUUUGUCGGUGUUGCUGGGGAAUGGGAGUUGAUAGGAAGAAUCAAAUCUUGGCAAGUCUCCGGAUCAGGGCGUAUGGAACGUAUCGUCAAAGUUCAAGGCAUGAUCCAUUGUCAAUAGUGGAUCAAAACAGAUCCGUGACGAGGCAGCCAUCAAGGUGUGUGAGGAGUACUCGUAGAAGUACCCUCGCCGGCCUCAGCAAGCGCUUUGCCAUUGCCACCACAGCGCUGUGUGCCCCGGUCUUUGUGGAUGAAAUAUGUGCUAAGCGGCGUAUCUGGUCAGAGAAUGUGGCAUUGGACGACUUCUACGAGAAGAAAGUGACUGGGAGGUGGCUGGAAGUAGCGCAAAAUCUCGAAUCUGCAGGUGAAGAUGGCUCACAGUAUCUGGACGAAAAAUACAUGAACGUUCAGGGUGAGCUGUGCCCUCUUCAAGGCUCUCCACGAGGAUACUGCUGAGUUGUGGAGCAAGCAAGAUACUGUGCUUCGCAUGGCGGUUUGUUCUCGAAAACGACUGGCAAUCCUGCUCUAUUGGCUUGCCCAUGCCACCACGCAAACUGGGCGUGGUGAGAUAUUCUGCGUUGGCCAAUCUACUGUGCAUGGCAUACCGUAUGAUCUCUAAUAUUAUAUGCACGGUCCUUUAUUUUUUCAAUGUACCUCCGCCCCGUGCUAUUAAUGGAGACGUUCCUUUAUUGGAGACUGUUUCAUUACCAUUUCAGAGGCAUGUUGCCAUGCCAAAUUCAUGUAUGACACACAUUUCAGGGUUUUUUUCGCCGGUACAGAUAAUGAAUUUACACAGUGUGCUUAUAAUGGAGACUGAGCACUUUAUUUUUUGAAUGCCGCCCCAAGGUGUUCUAUUAUUGGAGACGUGCUAUUAUUGGAGACUGUGCUUAUGAGAGAUAAUACGGUACUGCACGCUGGAGUGGACGCCCCGUGGUCGCAUCUCGUCAGAAAGGCAAUUUCAUUCCCAACUGGAGCUGACCUGGCGAGGACAAUCGGCGGCUUCAAACAACUGUCCAAGCUGCCCAUGUGUGCCGGUGCCAUAGACGGCACAUUCAUGAAGCUGGUAAAGCCGGUUGUUUGGGGCGACUCCUACUGGUGUUAUAAAAGCUACCCAGCCAUCCUCACCUUGCUGUCGUUGACUGUGAUGGUAUUUUCACAUUCGUGGAUGCCGGCCGUGCAGGGUCCCUCGGGGAUGCAUUUACCUACAACCGCAGUCGUCUCAGAAAGAACCUGGAGAACCAUUCUUGGCUCAGCGAAUUUACAAAGACUGUGUCAGGCCAACAAAUCAAGCCAUAUCUGCUGGCGGAUUGAGCCUUUGCUGGAUCUGAGCACAUCGUGAAGGGCUACAAGCAUCCCCCUGCACCUGGCAGCCAGUCCGACUUCAACGGAGCAGUGAACAAGGGGUGAAAGGUUGUCGAGCAGGCCUUUGGCCGCUUGAAAGGUCGUUUCCGGAUCCUGAAGGAUUCCUUCAUCCAGGAUCCCCAGUUUGCAGCGAAAGUUGCAAUGCUGUCCUGUGUUCUUCAUAAUAUUUGCACUCGUGGAAAUGUACCCUUCUACGAAUCAUGGUUGUGUGAUGCCGCUGGCGAAGUGAAUGCCCAUGAUCUGCCACCGGCCUUCCCACCAGGGGCUGCAGUCGGUGCUGCGAGAAGUGAAGUUGUUCGCCUGGCUUUGGCAACCUAUGUUCAACAACGCAGGCUGUAGACUCCUUUUUAUAACGUGAUGCUACUUGAAGUGCUGCUGCUGAACUGUCAUGCAUUUUGUAUGUUAUCUCUCUGAAAGUGCAUUUGUCUGGACUGAG